AUGCUUCAUAUACGUCGCCUCAGGAUCCUCGAAUAUCUUUCAUUCCUGCUCAUCAUCCUCUCGACGCUUCCAACACCCAAUCUUGCAUGGCCGCGCAGGUUGUCAUUGGAUCGCAACGCUGCCACGACUGUCCCAAGGCCAGCCUCGCGCGUUGAGCCGCUUGAGGCCUUCGGACUGCCUUCAUCCAGAUCCAAAUCCGGUCCUCCACCCAACCCGACAGCGGAUGUCGAGCGAUGGAACGAAGAGAUUCGUGGUGGGUGGUACGCCUCUCUAUUGGGGAUUAGCUCAGGCAUGCUCAUCGUCAACCUACUCGCCGGUCUCACGCGCUAGCGGCCUUGUUGCGGAGACUCUCCUAUUUCAAAGAAGCUUCUGGCGCCCCACAUUCCUCCCCGCGUGAACUUCGAAAGGAGGCCCAGGAUUAUAGUGAAGCAACAUACCGCUUUGAACAGCAAGGUUAGCUCAUUAUAGAGAGCUCAUUAUAUAUGAGUCUAGAUGCUAUCUACCUCAGGCUGCGUAAAUGACCGCAGUCUGAGCUUGCUCCAGCAGACGAAUCGGCCCUGCUCAGUCGCGGUCGAUCAUGUUUUUCGCAAAGUCUGCCGUCAGGCGCAUCGUCCUGCCAGAGUAUAGCAGGAUCUUCACCCCAUUCAAAUGAGCUGAGAGUCAAGACGGCGAUCAAGAUGGCACUUUGCGAAAUCAGGACGUCACGGUCAACUCGGGGCCCAAAGGAGUGUCAACCGUUUGAGGCUGGCGCCGAUGAAUCGAACGCAGGCGAAGAGCCUGAUCCGAGUAGCUGCGUUGAGCAAGUCUCUUUUCUGUUCAUAGCCUUCGAGAUACUAAUCUAUAAUGGCGCCCACAGAGCCCUAUCGCGCAGUCCACAAUACUGGAGCUCCUAUUCUGGGUAUCUACGAGAGAUCGGUCGGUGCUGCUCCAUAGUGACACGUCGGUUGCCCUGCUGAAGGCGACGCCAUUUACCUAUAGUAAUCUUGUGUUCGGCGUAUCGCCGCUGGGAGGAUUCAGGUCAGUCCGAAAGACACGCUAUGUAAGUCGGAAUGGAGAUCUUACGUCUCCGUUAGUGCAGAAACGGCCCGAGAAUUCCACCAGUCUACCGCGACGCGGCUAGCAGAUUUUGUCCAGCAGCUUCAGGAUCUCGAGCUCGUCAAGAAGGAAGCGAUGGCCACGGAGUCCGAGCAACGAGCCAGAGCCUUUCAAGUCCGUCGGCGCUUUGCAAGACAAGCUUGAGUUCUGAAUGAACCAGCCUGAAACUGAAUGCCGUUCUUCGUAUUGCAGGAUAUCUCCCAUCACAUCACUUCGAGACUGGAACCUUUGUUCGCAGCUUUCCGGACCAACGGUGCUGCACAACUCGACUCAUUUGCGCUGCUUCGGUCGGAGCUGUUGCACUCGAUCCAAUCCAUUGAACCGCUCGUGUCUCGCUCUCUUGAAGUGACACUACAAGAUGUGUCGCAUAUGCUCAAGGAUGUCACGCUGGAACACCGGAACCAGCUCGAGAAGGUCUCCCAGAAUACGGUAGCGCGGGUAAGAAAAUAUACUGGGGCCAACUGUCGAAAGUACAAAUAAGCACAGAUCCAACGCUACCGUACUCCUGACAGACAACCCAGGAGCUCGAUCGAUCACUGCUGGCGGUACAUGAUGCGAUUGAGACGUCAAUUGCGGCUCUCAACCAGUCGUCUAGCCAAGUUGUCAAAGAGAUGGUGGGUCUUUACGCAGCCGUGAAAGCUGGAGAGCACGUUGCUGAUGCGAUCUUACCAGCUUGCAAUGUCUUCCACUGUCGCUUCCAGUGGACGGUUCAUUCGGCGUAUGGAGAGAGUGAGCGAUACUGUUUGCGAAGAUAAAUAUCUCGUCUUCAUUGAUGAUGACGUCAUUGCACAGACCAUUCUUGGCCUUUCAGAUGCUGCGGAACAGCUUAGCUCCUCGCUUUCGACGUCGCUCGAAUUGGCCUCGAGGUCGCAGGUCUGUAAAACACGCCGCAAAGAGACGCAGGCUGAUUACACAGGGCUAAUUAAGGUACAAUAUUAUUCUAGGAAUUACAAGCAAGCAACCUCGAAGGGCUACAAAGAGACGUAUCCGUGCUGUCCGAGGCCGUAACAAACCUGACGCUACGGACGCGACCCAAGCUGCUCUCGAAGAAUCUCGGAUGGCUGGUAGCUCUGGCCAAUCGGCUACGCUUCGAUCCGGAGGAUUUCGUCAUCGCCACCAUGAGUGGUCAGUACCUCUUCGCCGAUCCGAUGUAUGCUGGAAAGACCACUGCUGACGCCGCUACAUGUUUCGGACCCUCGCUUGCCCAAAGCGCUGCUUCGUCUUCUGGGCGUGUGGAAGACUGGGAUCGCCGUGAUGACAAUGGCCUGCAUUAUUGGCAUCGCACAAGGUGAUUGGCUUCCGACUUCGGUGAGUGGUGUUUUUCCUUUUUAUCCAAUUCAUCUACCUUCGAGCUGAGAUAAAGGUUCACGCAGCUGCUCAUGCGAGUGGUUGGAUCGAUUGCUGGCGCUGGUGCAUUGGUGCGGAUGAUCGGCAUCUCGGUCGCCCGGAUCAGGAAGAGAAGGGCGGCGGCGUUUCAAGACUCCCAGUGAGUCUUUAUCUCUUUAAAGCUGUGCUUUCCUAGUAUUGGCGCUGAAGGGACAUUCAUUGGAGCUAGACGCCCACUCGCCAGCGGCGGAAGUCCGACAAGCUUGCCGAUGUCCGAACUGGCGCUCGAAGCAAGUCGAUUCGCACUUUCCAAUCCACCGUCCCAUCUUCGCGCGGGAAUUGGAUCCUUUACUCGACCGAGGCGUAUGCGAUGCAUUGAGUCAAAUAAAGCCGCAAGAGGAUGGCCAGCUUUCGUACCGGCCGAAUCGUACGGGACGUGGGCGGCGAGUGGUCCGAAUUGGCACCACCGCCGCGGCGGCGAGUUCAGACAGUCGGAGCUGGACGCCGAGCCACUCGAUGAAGCUUGUGAUGGGGCAUGUGUUUGA